GCAGCAUUGCACGCGCAGGUCCGAUUCAAACAGGUGGAAAUAGUGGGACGGUCCUAUCGCGUGACGGCGGCUCGUGAAGGAGGUCUGUUUUAAACCGCACAGCGUUUUUUGUUUGAACCAAUGCUAUUAAAAUAAUUCGAGUCGUUUUUGCUGAAAAGUCUCGCGCGCGAAUGACAUCAACAGGAUUGUGCCACAUCCCGUUUUAGAAUGCUGUCUCGCGCCGGUCGUUUAAAAAGUGGGCCGUUAAAAUCUGUUACACGCCGAGCUCUGUCACCCCUUCCUUGAGCCAGAAAGGUUGUGUGUGUUUUUUGUCUUUUACAUUUACGGCAUCGACCCUCGGGGUUUUUCCCACUUGCUCUGGUCCCCGAGCCGUUUACGCACAGGUGGGAGAUACCCGCUUGGUAGGACAGCCCCCUCUCUCAGUUCCUCAGCGGAUGAUGUGUGCAAGUGACAUUUGCCGUUGCGGUUUGGGACAGUAGGCGAGGCGUCUCUGCAAACAGGUGUGCGACUGCCCAAAACAGACACGCUUAGUACGACUUUUUUCGCCUUGUUUAGUGGAGGUGGACCUCCAGCACCGGUGUCAAAGCGAUCAUCCUCGUAGCGGGACAGGGAGAGGAGGGGGAGUCUACUGUCGUUAUCAGGCUUUGUAGUUGCAUUUGAUCGUUUCGAAAAGGGGCUUGCGGCUCACAAAGAGGAAGGGAUGGCAACUAAGAAACCAUGCGCGGAUUUAACAAAAAGAAGCCGAAGUCCCGUCGUGCUGGAGGCUGAGAUGUUCAGCGAAUUUCAGGACUGGUGUCUCCGGACUUAUGGAGACUCGGGUAAAACAAAGACCGUGACUCGCCGAAAAUACAACAAAAUCAUGCAGACCCUGCUACAGAACGAGGAGUCGGACGGUGUCUAUGUCGACAACAGCCACAUCAACGCCAAAUUCAAAUUCUGGGUGAAGUCCAAAGGCUUUCAGGUCGGCAGCAACAUCUUGGGCGAGCACAACAAGAAAGAGUCAUCGGGGAAGCCCGUCCUGUACGUCCCUGUCAAGUCUACGUGUUCAGAUGGAGGGGCGGCCCAGGACAGCUCUUUGAAGCGGGUUGCUGUGGUGGAGGAUUUUUUUGAUAUCAUCUAUGCCAUGCAUGUCGAGAUGGGGGCAGAUCCCGGACGAGCACCCAAACAUGCCGGCCAGAAAAAGACCUAUAAGGCGAUUGCAGAGACCUACGCAUUUCUUCCACGUGAGGCGGUGACCCGUUUCUUGAUGAGUUGCGGAGAAUGCCAGAAAAGGAUGCACAUCAACCCCAGCACAGCAGAGUUCAAAGAAAAUGACCGGCCCACCUCUCUGGUCCCAGACCUCAUCGAUUACAACAUGCCUCUCACUGCCACCUAUCUAAAACAGAUGAAACUACAGUGCAUGAACACCAAUGAGCAGGAUGAGAGUUCGGUAAGCAGUGAGGAUUUGGACAUGGCUGAGCCCGCGUGGGUCUCUACUGAGCGUGCUCCAGCCGCAGAGCCCAGCAGCCCCACCGCCCCGUACACAGAGAGGAUGCCUACACCGCCACAGCCCAGCAUUAAAGAGGAAGAAGAUGAUUCCUCUUCAGAGAAUGGCAGCACAGCGAACGGUCUGCCUGCACUGACUCCGCCUGGCGGUGCUGCCAUGGCGACAGGAGGAGUUCCUGCAUCUGAGGGGGUGGUUCCAUACGGAGAGGUGAACGGUAAUGGUGCCGCAGCGCCACUGGACUUCAGCAACACUUCAUCGUCCUCUUCAUCGCAGGAGGGACAGCAGCCUGUCAACCUGAGCGACAGACUCACAAUCGGAUCCUACGCAUCUGACCCCAACAGAAAAUUCCCCGUCAAAACUGAGUACAGUAACAAGUCCCCUCAGUACAGCUCAGGAAGCUAUGACUCUGUCAAGACGGAACUGAGCACGUGCGGGGAGGACAUGACCCCCGGCCGCUCACAGGUCAUAGAUGAUGAUGACGACGAUCACGAUGACCAUGAUGACAGUGACAAGAUAAAUGACGCCGAGGGCCUGGACCCUGAACGACUUAAAGCUUUUAAUAUGUUUGUGCGGCUGUUUGUGGAUGAGAACUUAGACCGGAUGGUUCCAAUCUCAAAGCAGCCCAAAGAGAAAAUCCAGGCUAUCAUCGAGUCCUGCAGCCGCCAGUUCCCAGAGUUCCAAGAACGUGCUCGCAAACGUAUCCGAACCUACCUCAAAUCCUGUCGCCGCAUGAAGAAGGGUGGCUUUGAGACACGGCCCACACCCCCUCACCUCACCUCCGCCAUGGCUGAGAACAUCCUUGCUGCUGCAUGUGAGAGCGAAACACGGAAUGCUGCGAAGAGGAUGCGCCUUGACAUCUAUCAGGCCCAUGAUGAGUCAUUUGCAGCAGACAAGCCUAACUCCAGAGAUCCGGCUGCUCUGGCUAACUCAGGCUUCACACUGGCCGCCUCAGCCUACUCCCAGGACCAACUCUACACCAAUGGUGGACUUAAUUACAGUUUCCGUGGAUACGGGACCAUUGGCAACAGCCUCCAAAACAAUGGCACAACACAAACCAAUGGUCCCACUGAUCUCAGUAUAAAAUCUUUGGCAUCCAACAGCACGUCCUCCUCCAGUUCAAACAGUCAUGGUCAGGGCGGAGGGGGCGGAGGGGCAUCUGCCCAGCUCAGCCCGCCCGAGGUCACGGCGGUUCGGCAACUGAUUGCAGGCUACCGUGAGUCUGCGGCCUUCCUGCUCCGCUCUGCUGACGAGCUCGAGAACCUCAUACUGCAGCAGAACUGAGAACUGCACACAGGCUGGUGCUGCCCGUCUCUCUUUAACACACACAAAAAUGCACACUAUGACAGGAAAGUUACAUGUAGCUAUGUGCACUUACACACAUAUACACCUAAAGCCCAUAGGCGGAGUUUGACACCACUUAGGGGGAGCAAAAUGGGGGGAUCAGAAGAAGCGGUGUCUGAAACGCACAUACAGGGUAAAAUAUUAAUAACAUGGUUCACUGGCCAUGAACUUGUAAUUUGCGAAUUUUUUAAAAACAUAACACAACAUUUUAUUUAAAUGUAAAUUACUUAUUAUU